GGCAGUGAACGCGCGCAAUGCCGGUUCGGUGCCAGCAGAGCCCGGUGCUGGCAGGUAGCGCCACCAUGGCCACCCUGGGGGCACUGAUGCUAUACCUCACCAAGCCCUUCAACUACGGGAAGCACAUGGAGAUCCCUGCUCCCGGGGGUACCUCCUGCCUGCCCGCCCGCACCGCCUGGUUCCUGCAGGAGCUGCCCGCCUUUGUGGUGUCCGCAGGGAUCCUCGCCUGGCAGCCCCGCUCUCUUUUCGGACCGCCUGGGACUUUGCUUCUGGGCCUCUUCUGCGCACAUUACUUUCACAGGACUUUUAUUUAUGCAUUGCUCACCAGAGGGAGACCUUUUCCAGUUGUCCUCCUUUUCAGAGGAAGUAUCUUCUGUGUUGGAAAUGGGUUCCUUCAAGCCUACUAUCUGAUUUACUGUGCAGAAUACCCUGAAGAGUGGUAUGCUGACAUCCGGUUUAGCCUGGGUAUCUUCCUAUUUAUUUUGGGAAUGGGAAUCAACAUUCACAGUGACUAUAUAUUGCGCCAGCUCAGGAAGCCUGGAGAACUCACCUACAGGAUUCCACAAGGUGGUUUGUUUACAUAUGUUUCUGGAGCCAAUUACCUUGGCGAGAUCAUUGAAUGGAUCGGCUAUGCCUUGGCCACUUGGUCCCCUCCAGGACUUGCGUUUGCCUUUUUCUCACUUUGUUACCUUAGCCAGCGAGCUUCUCAUCACCACAGGUUCUACCUCAAGAAGUUUGAAGACUAUCCCAAGUCUCGGAAAGCCCUUAUUCCAUUCAUCUUUUAAAGAAACCAAAUAAAAAAAGGAGCAAAGCUACCAUAAUACCAAGAUGCUGACUCUCAAGAUGCUGCAACUAUAAUUUGUAAAGUUUCAUUAUAUAAGUAUGUAUGUAUAAAAUGUGGUAGUUAUUGUUCUGCCAACUGGCUUGGGGAUUCUGCGUGAUGCAGAAUCUAUCCUGAUCUCCUAUUGGAGUUUCAUUUUCCAAGUGGAGACAUUUUCUUCUUAGCUAUGCCUCCUAGAAAGUGUAGAACUUCCUUUAUUUUUUUUAAAAAUGGCUAAUCCCAGUACCUGUUGCUUUUUCCUUCUCUGUAUCAAUGCAGGACAACUCUGUAGCCAAGAGUUUUUGAGGUGAGGGCAGUGCUUAUAGAAUUUAUGAACAGCAUACAUUUUAAACCUAUGCAGAGUAGCAGAGGAUUAAAUUCCAAAGCCAUGUAUGCUCAGAGCACACCCACUCCUCAAUGAAAACCUAGUCACAUCUUCCUUUUCCUUAGUUAAUUAGGAAAGAUGUGAAAGGACUGAGUCAUAUCUGCCUCCUUACAUUGCCAAAAAAUGUACUGACACAUUGACCCCACUUCAAGUUUGUACAGUGUCUUAAUCAAGGGGUGCCUCAGUCUUCCAGAAGAUUCCACAGUCCCCAUUAGAGAUAUCAACCUAACCCAGAAAACUAGUGUGACCUUCUUGAAGGUCAGCUGUGUUGUUUUGUUUUUGCUUCAUGUUUCUGGGGAUCAAACCCAGGGCCUCAUGCAUGCUAGCAAGUGCUCUACUGAUGAGCUGUAUCCCCAGCCUGAAGUUCAGAUUUUAAAGACAAAGAAAAGAAUAUGACCCUGAAUGGCUACUGAGAGAGUAAAGAAGUGCUUUGCAAAGGCUGGAUGGACAACAUGGCGGCGGGCGGAGAGGCAGCGCUUUCAAUACCCCCUCAGGGAUGGGGUCAUAAAGACACAUAGAUAACGCUUAGAUUCUACCAACGGAGAAUCUCUUAGCAAAAUUCCACUGAAGAGAGACCAGCCGGUCUUUUAAG